CUCUCUCUCUUUCUCUCUCUCUUGCGUCUCUUCUGCCUCGCUGUAAUUUCCUGAAAAAGUUCCGAACUUAGAAAAUAUCAGAGCUGGCAAAUAAAUGGAGCUGUUCUUUAACGCGUUGGCUGCCAUCUUCCCUGGCAAUUAGUUAGCUUGAGGUUUCUGAUUUCCUUAAUUCUUCUUCUUUUCUGCCAUGGCUGUUUGAAUUUUCUUCUGGAACAGCUAGCAGAAAGCAGAUCUUCAUAAUUCCCCUUCUCUGCAGGCAGCAAAAGAAGACGAAGAAGAAGAAGAAGAAGAAGAAGAAGAAGAAGAAGAAGAAGAAGAAGAAGAUGGACAUCAUAUACAGGCCUUACGUUGAUCCAGACUUCGAAUUACUCCUCGAGAGGAUCCAUCCUCCCAGGGUUUGUAUCGAUAAUGACGCAUGCCCAGAUUGCACCCUUGUGAAGGUUGACAGUGCAAACAAACAUGGGAUACUGCUAGAAAUGGUGCAAAACCUGACGGAUCUUGACCUCGUCAUUUCCAAAUCUUACAUUUGUUCUGACGGUGGAUGGUUCAUGGAUGUUUUCCACGUCACCGACCAGCUUGGCAGCAAAAUCACUGACCCAAGCCUCAUUCUUUACAUUCAACAGGCUCUGUGUGCGAGCAGGAGGGAAGGAUUGAAGGACCCGACCCCUCAUCCUGGGAGGGCAGUGAGGCCCAAACACGUGUCAACAGACCACACCGCCCUAGAAAUGUCGGGUGCGGACCGACCCGGUUUAAUGUCCGAAAUAUCCGCCGCCUUAGCUGAGAUGGGGUGCCACGUGUUUGCGGCGGUGGCAUGGACGCACAAGACCCGCGUGGCAAGCAUCGUAUAUGUGGAGGAUGAGGCUACUGGCGGGCCCAUCACGGACGCAAAAAGGCUGGCCCAAAUAGAGCAGCAAUUGGGCUGCAUAGUGGGGACCCACGGGGGGCAAAAUGGGGAGAGGAGCAGCGUCGGGCUAACUGCCCCGGCCCCCAGCAGGACCCACACCGAGCGGCGGCUCCACCAGCUGAUGUUUGCGGACGGGGACUUCGAGAGAUGCGGUAGCUGCGACUGCGGUGGCGCCGCCAGCAGGAGUGGAGGGGAGGCGGAGGGGUACGGGUGGAAGAGCGGCGGCGGCGGGGAUGGGUAUAGGAAGAAGAAGUGUUUGGGUACGCACGUGUGCAUAGAAAGCUGCAAGGAGAAGGGGUACUCGGUGGUUAACGUGAGGAGCAGAGAUCGACCAAAGCUGCUUUUUGAUACGGUCUGCACUCUCACGGAUUUGCAGUAUGUGGUGUUUCAUGCCGCUGUUAGCUCCAAGGGCUCCAUUGCUGAUCAGGAAUACUUCGUAAGACGCAAGGAUGGUUGCACUCUUGUCACAGAAAGCGAGAGGAAGAGAGUUACACAAUGCUUGAUUGCUGCCAUUGAGCGCAGGGUCUCCCACGGCAUGAGGCUGGAUGUGUGCACCAGAAACAGACUGGGACUACUCUCAGACGUCACCCGAUUGUUCAGAGAGAACGGGCUGUCGAUAUCCAGGGCGGAGAUCGGAAUGCGCGGGGAGAAAGCCAUUGGAUCGUUCUACGUGACGGAUGCUUCGGGGAAUGACAUGGUGAAGCCGGAGACAAUAGAGCUGGUGAGGAAGGAGAUUGGGGGAACGGUUGCAGUGGUGAACGAGCCCACAGGCUGGCCUUCUUCGUCAUCCACCACGGGCAGAAGCGCCAGCAGUAGCAAACUGGAAGACCCGCCAAGAUUCUCACUGGGGAGCUUGUUGUGGGCUCAGCUUGAGCGACUUUCGAUCAACUUUGGCCCAAUAAAAUCAUAAUUAGGAAUUGAUUUAGCUAGCUGUAGUUGUCAUCUUUAAAUUGUGUAAAUAUGUUUAGCAGUUGUCAAAGAGGGGAGAUGAUGAUUUAGGAGCCUAUGUCAUGGUUUAGAUAUAUGUACCACAGUCCGUUGCAUUGCUUUCCUUUGACUAACCCAUUGACAUGCUCAACUUGAUCUAAUCAUAGCAUUCAGUUUCCAUUUUCAAUAAGAAAAACGACGAUCCUAUUCAUUAACAAAA